AUGUUUAAAAUAAUCUCGUUUUACACUUUAAUAACAGUUACAGGAGUCAUCACAAGUGACAUAUAUUUCGCGCCAUCUGUAUUUUUGAAUCAUGGCGGUGGACCUCUACCUGUAUUGGGUGACAAAGACAACUUAGAAAUUGCAGAAGGCUUGAGAAAUGUACCGAAUAUUGUAAAAUUACAUGAAUUAAAAGCAAUUAUAGUUGUAACGGCACAUAGAGAAGAAAAUAUUUUAACUAUUUCGUCGGGUGAAAGACAUUCCUUAGUCUAUGAUUAUUCUAAUUACCCGCCAGAAAGUUAUACGUUCAAAUACGAAGCUCCGGGUGGCCCAAUUUUGGCGCGAAAAAUACACGAAGCUUUCAAAAAAGCAGGCAUACCAUCGACACUCGAUGAAGAAAGAGGAUGGGACCAUGGAGUGUUUAUACCGAUGAUGUUAAUAAAUCCUAAAGCCGACGUCCCUGUAAUUCAGGUGUCCAUACUGAAAAACCAAAAUGCGUCUCAACACUUCGAAAUUGGCAAAAUAUUGUACAAAUUUAGAAAGGAAGGUGUUGCCAUAUUUGGUUCAGGAAUGUCGUACCAUAAUAUGGACGAAUUUCGAAAAGUAGAAACAGAUAAAAAUAAAUUCGAAAAAGUUAUUGCAAAUGAAGAAUUUGAUCAAUUUUUGAAUGAUGUGUGUACAGGAGACGAGGAGAACCGUAAGAGAAUUAUAGAUUGGGAAAAAGAAGAAGGAGGUUUAGAGAGUCAUCCGAAAGGAGAAGCCGACCAUCUUAUGCCAUUAAUUGUAAAUAUUGGGGCAGGUGGAACGCGGCCGGGAAAGAAAAUAUUUUCUUCAGCUUUUUACGGAAUAUUCCAAUUGAGUGGUUUUAUAUGGGAGUAA